AUGUCUUUUCGGUCUCGGCCGAACGACGACGAGGACGAAGACAAAGAGGAAGACUUUAAAGAAGAAGAAAAGAAGAAGAAGGCGACGAUGAAAAUGACGACGACGACGAUGCCUCCACCACCUCCGCGAUUCAUCAGACGACAAAAACAACCACCACAAAAGAAGAAAACAAAAAUCGUCCUCGAGGAGGAGGAAUUCGCGGCUCGAUUAGAACACAUCAUCGAACGCGAUUAUUUCCCGAACGUUCCACAAAUGAAGGAUGAACUGCGUUUACUCCGCGCGGAACGAAAAGGGAACGAAAAGGAGAUUUUAAUGGCGAAGAGGAACAUUCAGAAACGAAUGAGAGAGGAGGAAGAGGCGAGGAGUGGGACCAGUAACGGUUUGACGCCGAGUUUUUAUUACGGCAGCACGUCCGAGAGAGGAAAAGGAGGAAGGAAUACGCCGACGACGAGCGAUACUUCUGGAAUUGGAUUUUCCUUUUCCUCCAGAAGAAGAAGGAGAGAGGAAGAGGAAGAGGAAGAGGAAGAAUAUGAUGAGGAAGAGGAGGAAAGAACAACAACAACAACAACAACGACAAAACUUCUCGACUCGAACAAGACGCUCACGCAGUUUCUCGCUUCGCACACUUCCGAAGAUAACAAAUCGUUCGAGGAUAUAUUGGAGAAGAUAAAUAAGAAGAGAAGAGAGAAGAAUGCAAAAUUAUUCGACGCAAAGAAGAUUCACAGCGCGAUGAAUGUGCAAAGGCUCAGUGAUGGCAGCGAAGGAGCGAGGACAAAAUCGGGAGCCUUGGCGCUCGCGGAACCGGGACAGAACGCGUUGUUCUUCCGACCAGACUCGGCUUUGGCUUUAUCGAAGAACGAAUUGGCAAAUUUAGGCGCGACAACAGCUCCGAAGGAAACGUUUGCGCGUAACACUCGAUUCAACAGCUCGAAUAACAGUCACGUAAUAGAAGUGAACGAAGUCGACGAGGAAGAGUUGGCUUUGUUUCGAGAACAAAGAGAAAAAGAGAUGAAUCCAAACGUGAAUUAUUCGCGAAUCACGACGCCAAGUUUCACGCCUGGUCGCGACAAUUUUACGCCGAUAAUGACUUGGGGUGUUUUAGAUGCAACGCCUGUGCGCAUUUCAUCAUUGACUGGAGGAGGAGGAGGAGGAGAAGAUAUCGUUGCGAGAGCGGCUGGAGAAAGCGUGGAGGAACAAAAUUUGUACAGAUUCGCGCGCGAAGACGUCCGCGAACUCGCGGCGAGAAAGCUAGAAAAAGCCAACGUAGUCAAGCGGAAACUGCGCAAGCAAGCGCAAACGCCAACGACGACGAGUGGUUUGAGCGAAAGUGCGCUUCGUCUACUUCGAAAGUCGACGCCUGGACGUGGCAAUACCGGUGAAGACUUUUUGAGGAUGGACGUGAAUCGCGCCAUGCGUCAAUCCGAACGACGAAUGACUUCAAGCAGACGAACUCCAUCUCUAUCUGCUCGCGAUCGCACGCCUUCGAUGAAACAUAUGGUACCAUCGACUUCCGCCAGAUUUGGGAAGAGGAAACCAGGCGAUGGAAACGACGACGACGACAAAGAUGAAGGAAAAGCGAUUCCUUUCUUGAGCGCGGGAGGAGAGAAAAAAACGCCUCGUCUCACCGAAGGUUUACUGUAA